CGGCGAUCGACAAUAAUUUUGGAACUCUGCUUCUCUUCCAUCGAGUACAAAAAUGGCAGCUGCCACCGCAAGUUCUCCUCUCAACCUCUUAGGUUUCAAUCGUAAACUUUCCUCUCCGAGAUGCCGCCCGACAUUCUUAAUGCCGCCUGGAAGAGUUCCCUCAAACUCCAUUGCCAGAACUGGAAGAACCUUUUCCAACCCUCCCAGUUAUGUUUCAACCUGUCUAGUGAUCCCUCCGCCGCCUAAACGCCAAAAACCCAAGGCGAUUAUCCAAUUUAUCGGCGGAGCUUUCAUCGGGGCCGUCCCCGAGGUCACUUACAGUUAUUUGCUGGAGAUGCUGGCAAUGGAAGGGUAUUUAGUCAUUUGCGUACCUUACAACGUGACGUUCGACCAUGCGGAAAUCACUAGGCGAGUGUCUGAGAGGUUCAGUUCUUGUUUGGAUUCGAUUUUGGGCUCUGGGUUGCCGGAUUUAGGGCUUUCUGCUCUUGAGGUUUCAGAUUUGCCUCUUUAUUCUGUAGGACACAGCAAUGGAGCUCUUCUUCAAACUCUCACAGGGAGUUAUUUCUCAGAGAGAAUACCAAAGGCUAAUGUAAUAAUAUCAUACAACAACCGGCCAGCAUCAGAGGCAGUGCCAUACUUUAAGCAGUUGGGGCUUGUUGUCAGUCAGAUGCUGCCAGUUGCAGCAACAUUUCCGGUUAAUUCAGUUGUUGAGGUUGCCUCAGGAAAUGCAUGGAAGCUCCUGCUUGAUACAGCUGAAACGGUGGUACCAAACUAUGACCUGAAAGCAUUUGGUUCAUUCAUGACUAGAUUUACUGAUCAAUUGCCUUUGAUAAUUAAUGAGCUUGCUGAAGGGAUAUCAGAAUUCAAGCCAACGCCACCUGAGAAUCUAGAGAGCAUAAGAGAACUAUAUAAUGUUCAGUCCACUCUACUGGUUAAGUUUGACUCUGAUACAAUAGACGAGACGGAUCAACUUGAAGAGACAUUGAAACCUCGCAUUGAAACUUUUGGUGGAAAAUUAGAGAAGGCUGUCUUAAGUGGUAACCACAUUACACCCUGCCUUCAGGAACCGAGGUGGGAAGUUGGGAACGUCUAUACCCCAGCAGAUGCUUUAGGGCAAGUACUAAAGAAUGUGUCAGUUAAUGACACCAGAAGGCUUGCUACAACCAUCACCAACUGGCUUGAUCUUCUCUCUCACUAAGUACAGUGUGUUGAGGUGUGGGGUUGCUGAGGGGAAGGGAUUGCUGAGAAUUCACACAUUUCAGGUUCCCGCUUCAUUAUAGCCGCUGUCCAAUCAGAGGAGGUGAGGAGUGAUGAUGAUUGAAAAGCAGUGUUGUUGCUAGAAGUGUUGCUGCUGCUGCUGCUGGCAUCAUCAUCAAACAAAGAAGAGUCUGUAGUAACGCUUCUGCUAGCGGAGCUUUCAUUGCCAUCAUCACAGGAUUGACUUUGCUUGAUGCACCUCUCAAGUCCAUCAUAUGUUGUAACUGAUGAAACCACCCAUACCAUUUAGAAAGGCAUCAUUUGUAUCUUAAAUGUUUCAGUGUUUUAACUGGCAACAUUGCUUACUUGGUCCCGUUCUUUAGCACCAAUGAUUCCGUAAGUCACAAAGUUUUAGAUUUUAUCACGUGAUGUUUCCUGAUUUGGUCUUAUUUUCAUCACAAAUAGGUAAAUAGCUGUUACGUUUACAGUAUCUAAUCAGAUAAUAAUAAAUACUACUAACAAUACAAUUAUACAAUUGAAACUAACUACUAGCUCCAUCCAAAGGUUGACAUUGUAAAAUGGCACAAUUAUUUACUACCUCCGUCCCCCUAAGUUUGGGACAAAGGGGUGUGGUUAGGGCUGGACUCGGGCCGGGCGGCCCGACCCGGGACCGAACCGGCCCGGCCCGGCCCGUGGCCCGGUGGGUCCACCGGUUCGGUUUGGCCCGGUCCGGGUGCUGGGCGGUCCGGGCUCGGGCCCAGGUUUUGGUGAACCGGCCCGGCCGGUUCGGGCCCGGUCCGGGCCGGAUUUUAAAUUUUUUUUUUUUUUUGAAAUUUUUUUAAGUUUUAGGUUGGAUUAGGUAUUUUGGGCCAUUUGAGGUGGUUUGGGAUGGUUUGGGGUUGAGGGGGAGGGGUAGGGGAUUAAAUAGGAGAACAAAAAAAAAAAAAAAAUUGGGCCGGUUCGGCCCGGCCCGGUUUGGCCCGGAACCGGAACCGGCCACCGGCGGUUUGGGCUCGGGCCUCCCCUUUCCUGGCCCGAGGCCCGGCCGGGCCCAGGCCCGAACCGGCCCGAGUCCAGCCCUAGGUGUGGUGUGGUUUUUAAGAAAAAGUAGAAUUGUGUGGUUGAUAUUAAAUUGAUAAAGUGUGAAUAAAGUAAGAAUGAAUUCUAACCACUCAUAUAUUACCAAAUAUGAUAUGAGACAAACUUAGUGGGACGGACGAAAAAAGUAAAACGGGACAAACUUAUGGGGACGGAGGGAGUAGAUAAUAAUUAAAUAUGAUAAAUCAAGUAUACUUUGAACGAUAAAAAAAAAGUAUACUUUGAGAAACAACCUUUUGUUAGGUAUAUAGUAUAAUGGGGUUAAUGGUGAUAAUUGCAAAGUAUGUGAUGUUAUACAUUGUUAUUUUUAAUAUUUGAUGAUCAAGUUGUCAUUUAAGAGUACAGUCCAAGGCGACUGAAUAUGCAUUUUCUACGUUUUAUUGGCACCCGCGUUUAAAAUCUAGUUCAACAAAAAAAAGACAUAAAGCUGUUAGAAUAUUUUUGGGUAAAUCACAUAUUUGGUUAGCUUGGACCAAAAACGUAGUUGGGGAUCAAAUGAGCCGGGAAGAGGUCACAUAGUAUGGAACUAUAUGGGCCUGCCUAAGCAGGUAAAGGAGAGUCUAUUUAGGAGUACUUUUAUGGGAUAUGUCAACAUGCUCAAUACAGAGCACAUUAGCGUAAGAUUCAUCCAUAUAAAAUUUGAGUUCAUUCAGAUUAUUUAUCAUGUCAACUUGCUCUUUAGUGAGAUGCUAGUGUGUUCCAUAUAUUUACUCACCUAUUUAGAGGAUUUAGUGCUUGAAAAAUGGAAAAAGGAAGCCAUCGUGAGUGAGCCGCAGGGGGGGCAAAAUGAUUUGAAAUAUACCAAACCAACCAACCAACCACAUGGCUCAUUUCUGAAUAGCAGAAAUGUCCAAACAGAGAAGAGGGGAAGCAUUUCAAAAUUCAAUGCCCACUACAAGUGAUUCAAUGCCUCGUGACCUAAAGUGGAAAAGAAAAUUUGAACAAAACCUAACCCCCAAAUACUCAAGUAGUCAAGUGGUCCUAUCUAAGAUGUCCAUCCAUAAAGUAAAAACAAUCAUUUACUUCAUCGUUAUCCAUUACUUUGUCUCCUAAGUAAACACUUAUAAGGUGUUUUAGUUAGGUUGGUAAGAUAGGUGAAGUAAACACGCAAGCUGAUUACUAAUCGAAAGGGGUGCUUAAAGUGUCGCUUAGCAUACCAUCUCAUGUAUUAAUUAAACGUCACUUUAAGCUUUUUCAGUUUCCCAAUUUACCCUUACACUUACCCCUUGUCCUUGCC